AUGUCACAUGUAGCUUGGGUGGAACCAUGCCUGUUCCGCACAACAAUAACCAAGCGCUUCUCCCCGUCCGGCGUUGAGCUCGUCCGCUUCACAAACUCCGGCACAGAAGCCAGCACCAUGGCCGUAGCAGCCGCUCUGGCCUUCACGAACCGUAAGAAAAUCCUCGUCUUCACCAGCGGCUACCAUGGAGGAACCAUGUCCUUCCCAUCGCCGCUCAACUCCAUCAACGCCAAUCUUCCCCACGAGUUCGUUCUCGCGCCUUACAAUGAUGUAGAAGGCACCAAACGUGUUCUAUCAUCACUUCCCAAGGAUUCGCUUGCUGCCAUCGUUGUGGAGGGUGUCCAUGGAAGCGGGGGCUGCAUCGUAGGGAACCCUUUCUUCCUCCACUUUCUGAAUGCAACAGCGCGCGAGCUCGGCGCAGUGCUCAUCAUGGAUGAAGUCAUGACAUCGCGGCUCGCCUAUCACGGUCUCUCUGCCAAACUAGCACUCAAGCCAGACCUAAUCACUCUCGGAAAGUGGGUGGGAGGCGGCAUGACCUUCGGCGCUUUCGGGGGCAGGAAAGACAUAAUGAGUAUGUUUGAUCCUCGAACGGGCGUCUUGGGCCACUCGGGGACUUUCAACAAUAAUGUGAUCACGAUGGCUGCCGGAUGCUGCGGGCUGGAUAUCUACGACGAGCAUGAAGUCGAGCGACUGAAUGCCAUGGGCGAAGAUCUGCUCCAGCGCAUCCAAAUAGUUUUGGUAGAAGCUGGCGUUCGCGCCUUCAAGGCCGACUCAAAGGCAGAUCCUAUAUCGUCUCAAAGGAGCGAACUCGAAUGUCCCUUUAGCGGGAUUCUACCCGCUGGCUUUGGAAGCGAGAAGACUGCUGAGUCUCUACGUCGGCGGCAGAAGAACUCCAUGGGAGUGACGGGACAAGGGAGUAUGCUGCACAUACACUUCUAUGGGCCGAGCACCAUUACUCUGAAAGCGCUGUUCUGGCACCACAUGCUGGACUGUGGGAUAUACAUCGCCCAGAGAGGGUUCAUGGCACUAAAUCUGGAGCUGACUAAUAGGAAUGUUGAUGAAUUCGAGGAGGCGGUUAGGGCAUUUCUUAUUAGGUACGGGGAUGCACUGCGAUGA